AUGUCGACCGCUGUUUUCCCCAUCUUUAGGCAUCAGAUCUCGCUAUGGCUGGUUCCGUCUGUGUUUUCCAUUGUGUCAAUCUUCAUGGAAGUUGCAUGGACGCCUUUCCAUCGUCAGUUUCAUUCGCAGGACAUGCGAAUUAGCUAUCCGUUUACUCCAGACUCCAUUCCAGACUCCACGAUGGGCUUCUACGUGAUGCUGUGUCCUUGGAUGUUGAUUUUACUGGACAUUGUCAUUAGAAACAAAAGAAAUAUACGCGGCCAAUUCAGAAGCGUUUUCAAUUUGGGAAAUACAGCGCUUUUGGGUUUGUCAAUCUCAUUAACAUUGACGCUAUUUUUAACUGAGGUCCUUAAACUCAAGGUUGGAAGAUUAAGACCCGACUUCCUGUCCAGAUGCGGUUUACCAGAAGAAUUGCAACAAACACCUGGUCUCUACACAAUUGAGUUUUGUACGGCCCCUUACGGAAAAAGAAUCCUGGAAGACGCAUUUAAAUCAUGGCCUUCUGGCCACUCCUCAAUGACAUGGUCGGGUCUAUCGUACACCACCCUCUGGUUUGCUGGCCAAUACAAACUUUUUCUGGGAAAACCAGGAUUCCGCAUUACAAAGUUUGCGCUGCUUGCUCCGCUGCUAUUAGCUCUGCACAUCUGUAUCAGCCGGUCACAAGACUAUAAACACGACUUUAUCGAUAUCAGCUGCGGGUCUGUGCUGGGUUUUUCCAUUUCAUGGUGGACCUAUAAACAGUUUUUCCCUCCACUCAACUCCGAGGAAUGCGACGUUCCCCUGUUGGAAUUGGGACCACCCCAGCAGUCGUCGUCAGUCUCAGUGCUACCUGUUUGA